AAGUACUAUAUAAAUAUACCUCGGAACGGGCCUUAAAUUGCAUCUGGAGUACAAGAAGGAAACAAAUUAUAUAUCCACUAGGGCGGAAUACUAAGGAAAACUCGACACACAGGAAAUCGAAGUAGGAACAACUACAACUAUAAAUCCAGUAUUUUUUAACUUGCCGAUGAACUUAGCUGUGAUUGGCCGAAAGUGGGAACCCUAACCUCAUGUUCUAGAAAGCGAAUUGCCAACAAAUUUCAAGUAAGCAGUGCCUCCUGUCAUCUCGAAUGUCAUUUGGAAUUGCCUGAGCUCUAUUCAGUUUCGUAUACCUCCGGAUUACACGCACUAACGUUUGAAAAAAACAUAAAAUUCCAAUCAAAAUGCCACACAAAAAAUUUCCUAGAAUGUCACAGGCGCAACUCAAACGUUUGAUCAAAUCACAAAAUCAGAACAUAGCAAAGGCCGCGUGUAUUUUGGAACCACCAAAAAUUAUCCAGCAGCCGUCGAUGAGGCAGUCCAUCAUGCCACCGAACCCUGCCUAUACCAAGAAACAGCGCAAGAAUGCGGCUGGAAAGGUGCCAGUGCAGGGGCUAGACCACGUGGUGCCGGAGGACAAUGUGAAACAGUACUUUCAGCCUAAUCCAACCAAGCAGCAGAUGCAGCGCAAUCGCAAGAAUCCAUCGUUGCAACACAAUGGCAAUGAAGCAUCCAAGCAGGAGAAGCCCAAUCAGCAGGACAAGGGCCGUUCCAAGCAGAUGCAGCCGCUGUAUUCAAGCGUUGUGGCCAAUAAGCAAGACGGGCCUACCGCAGUGAUCGGUCCUCCACCCAAGGAGGGCUCAUCUGGCAAUCAAUCUGGAUCGUACUAUGACAAUGUUUCGGGCGAAGGUCAGGAGUUGCCGGGUAGCAGCUCAUCAUCCGCCACGCUCACUUGGCCCAGUCAAUCGGCUAAAAGUCAGGGGUUCUUCGGAACUAGCGAAUCUUCAGCUGACCCAUUCAGCAUGCAGAAUCUGAAGAAGAUUGCCCAUGAUUUCUUCUCAUAUCCGGAGUUUUAUUCACCGGAGGCCAGCGAAACCAUUGACACUGCCAAUGGCUCCAACAAAGCUGAGCCCCCGAAGACGGAAUCCCAGCCGGGUCUCAACUCUUCGCCGAGAGGCUCUGUCUUGGGUGCCGAUAGGUCGGGCCAUGCUCAAUCGACUGCGGAUGGCACAAAUUCUCGCCGGAAGGAUGUUCCAUUGGAGGAGGCCUUCAUGACCGUAAUCCGCAAUCUGCGCGAAAAUUAUCCGGGCAACGUGAACGGUGAUACGACUUUCACUUCAAAUUCCCCGAAUUUCCAAUUUAAUGGCUACCAAUCGGAGUACGAUUUCGGCUCUAAUCCCGAUUCCUAUUACAACGCUCAAUCGACAGUGGGCCUGCCAUCCGCUUACGGCUUUCCUCCUACUGGUUUUCCGAUGUCCCAGCAGUCAGGCUUCAUGCCAAAGCGUAACCAAACGUGGCCGGCUCAAGGUUCCAAUCCAAAUCAUCCGCCAUUGAUUAGCGAAACUUAUCAGGCCGAAUUGCAGCAGCAUCCUCGCUGGCCGGUGUAUAUUCCGGAAUAUGUUUCGCAAUUUAUGUUCGGUGAGCCCCAGGACGCCAAUGCCGGCUGCUCUCGUAACGCAAACCACGGCAACACGAUGUAAAAAAAAAUCCGGAGGGAAAUCGGAAUAGGGUAGCAUUCAAAAAUCUCUUCAUCACUCAACACCAUUUGAAAAAAAUUGCUAAUGUAACACACAAACCAAUUCCGUAAUCCUAAUGAUUUAUUUUGCAUCUAUGUAUUAAUAAACAUUUGUAAUGUUACAAAUAUUUUCCAUAUAUUUGUAAGCCAAUUACACUUAACCAUCUUUUGUAAUGAUGCAACCGAAGAUAAACAAAUUGUACGCAUCCGAACUACCUCGACUAGAAUUUAUGUAAAUGCCAUAUCAUUCGAAUGUACACAGAAAUGACAUCAAAUUUCACUUCCAACUCGGUUGGAAGAAAGUGAAAAACAUGCGAAAAGAUGUGAAUGAACAAAUCGACCAGCUUACAACAACCAACAAUUGAAAUAAAGGAAAAAAUCAACUA